GUCACUUUGUCACCGGACCCGCCUCAUCAUGGUCGUACAAUGGCGGUCAACGUGACCGGCAUUAAUCCAGUCAGCACUUCUGGAGGCCGGCUGCGGGUCGCGGUUCUGUACAUGGGCUUCAAGGUCUACACCUACGAGACCCCGCUAUGUGAGGCGGUGUCAUGUCCCCUGGUGGCGGGUUCCGACUUUCAGCUGAAGGUCAGUCAGAAGCUGCCCGCGCUGGCACCUCCGGGGCCUUACGAGAUGGAGAUCUCGGGGGAGGACACGGCCGGAGGAGUGUUCAUGUGCGUGAGCAUCAGCUUUCGGGUGUCGAUG